GCGCAACAUCGCUUCGUGAGUCAAAUCUCGCUGCGAAGUGAGUAAGGGCGCGGAUGUAAAUGAGGGGUGCUGCACGCCGUUAGCUCCGGCAGGUUUGUGGUUAUUUCGAAGUAACCCACCGUUACACAAGUUUGCAGUUGUUGAGCUGCUAUUUCUGCAUCAUGGCUUCGGUAGCCAACGCUAAUUCGCCCGCCCACGCUCCAAAUCAGAAUCAAGAUGCUAAUGGAAGCCAGCAGGGGCAUCAACAGAGCUGGAGAGAGAGGGCGUUCAUCUCCGAGCUGCCGUCGGACUUCCUGUGCCCGGAUGGCGAGCCGGCGGCACCGGCGGGUGGUCCGGCCGCGCCCGGCGCCGGCUCCCAGCAGGAGGAGAUGGACCGGCAGGCGGCGCUGGCACUGCAGCGCCACUACAGCCGACGCGCGCCCACCAUGCAGACAGCCGCCGGCCGGCUCAACCUCACCAUCGCGCAGGCUAAGCUGACCAAGAACUACGGCUUGACGCGGAUGGACCCGUACGUGCGGUUGCGGCUGGGCCACUGCGUGUACGAGACGCAGACCUGCUACAACGGCGCCACCAACCCCCGCUGGAACAAGGCCGUCAUGUGUUACGUACCCCACGGCGUUACAUCCCUGCACCUGGAGGUGUACGACGAAUGCUCCUUCACCGACGACCAGCUGGUGGCGCAGGCAACCAUCCAGAUCCCUGAGUCGGUGCUGCAAGGCGGCGAAACCUCCGACGACUGGCAUCCGCUGUCCGGCAAGCAGGGCGAGGGCAAGGAGGGCAUGAUCAACCUGAUUAUGAACUACACGCCGCUGACGGGGGAGAUGCCGAUGCCGGCACCGGGCUCGGUGCCGAUGAUGAUGGCUCCGCAGGCCUACCUCGGCCUCAUGCCCACCAUCGGCGUACCCAUGUACGCGGCGCCGCCGCCGCAGCAGCCGGCCCAUCCGCAGCCGCAACCGCAGCAGCCGGCCGUCAAGCCAGAGGACGUCGCGCAGCUGAAGGAGAUGUUCCCGGCCAUGGACGACGAGAUCAUCCGCUCGGUGCUGGAAACGCGUGGCGGAGACAAGUCGGCCGCCAUUUCGAGCCUGCUGGAGCUCACGGCCACCUAGUGCGGCGCGUGGGCUGCGCCGGAGCGGCGCCGCCGCCUCCCGCGGCUCCAGCGCGACCCGCCCUGUGGCGUGCCGCCGGGACGGCCGGUGCACGUCACGUCGUCUGGCUGUGGGCGGUCACGCCUCCUUCUGAACACUGCUCCCUCACGCUGUCCGCUACAGCGGCGCACCACACCUCCGAGCUAUUGCCUCCCGCCGGUUUUGCUGUUCUUUCCCCUGCGAUUCCCCGCCCUCUGUUCUGCGGUUUCCCCGGCACCGCUGCUUCUAGCACGCCGUGUCUCCGUUUCCCUCCUGCCGCCGCUCCCUCCGCCCCGCUCAUGUGGGUGGCAGCGCCGUCUGUUUCGCUCCGCUCGGAGCAGUCUCACCGCUUCCGCCAGCGGCCCUCCAUACAGCCCUCGUAGUGCUGCACCUCCGUCCGCGUGACCCCCACGGUCCUGUUGUCCGGUGUCCGCCCCCUCCCCUCCCAUGCUAGCGGUCAGCCCGCCUGCUCGCCUCGGCCGGCCGGGUGGAGCGGUACGCCCGUGUCACGCCCGUGUCCUCCCCCUCCCCUCCCCAUGCUAGCGGUCAGCCCGCCUGUUCGCCUCGGCAGGCCGGGUGGAGCGGUACGCCCGUGUCACGCCCGUGUCCUCCCCCUCCCCUCCCCAUGCUAGCGGUCAGCCCGCCUGCUCGCCUCGGCCGGCCGGGUGGAGCGGCACGCCCGCGUCACGCCCGUGUCCUCCCCUCCCCACGCCGCCGAGAGCUGCGUCACUUGUAGCAUGGCGUACGGUGUUCUGGAUGACGGGCGGCGAGCUUUGGCGUCCGAGUGGCGUUUGCGACGAGGUCAGUCCGUUGAUGGUACAGCGUUAGUGUGUGGACGUGCUGUGUGGACACCAGUCCCUCCCAGCGGUGGGCCAGGGUUGCCGUUUUGGCUAGGGUACGGAACUCUCGCGUGCGGGCAUGGCAUAUCUGGGCGGGGCGGCGGGGAUCGCUUACUAACCCCAGCUCGUGUCAGCGUGCUGAUUUUGAUUUGGCCGGUGGUAGUGUGUGCUGGGUUUCUGCAGACCUGGUUUAGUGUUGCAGCAUUGGGGUAGUCACAAACUGAAACGCUUUUGCGCUUAAAAUGAGUUCGAGUCUGCUGAUAUAUGUUUAUAUAUUUAACCAAAUGACUCGUGUAAUAUUUUUAUAUAUGUAAUUAUUGGCGCAUCAGUUGAGCCGUGUGUUUGUUCUUCGUGGCUUUUGUAUGCCAAAUUGCGUGUACUCUCAAGGAAAUGUAUAUACAGCAAAGUAUAUGAUAUGGAUA